CUCCCGACAACACCACACGUCAAAUCAGUCAAGAUGGGAAUUGAUCUCGACCGCCACCAUGUUCGAGACGGGCACCGCAAGGUCCCUAAGUCCACCAACCCCUAUGUCAAGCUGUUGGUGCGUCUGUACAAGUUCCUGGCUCGCCGUACCGAUGCCCCCUUCAACAAGACGGUUCUCCGACGCCUCAUGAUGUCGAAGAUCAACCGCCCUCCCGUCAGCUUGUCGAAGAUCGUCGCGACCGCUGCCAGCAAGCAGUCCGCCAAGGCCCACGAGGGCAAGACCAUCGUCAUUGUCGGCCCCGUCACCGACGACGUCCGUCUCCUCGAGUUCCCCAAGCUCUCCAUCGCCGCGAUGCGCUUCACUGCGUCUGCCCGCGCCCGCAUUGAGGCCGCUGGCGGUGAGGCCCUCACCAUCGAUGAGGUCGCCACUCGUUCCCCCACCGGAGCCAACACUCUCCUCCUCCGUGGACCCAAGAACUCCCGCGAGUCCGUCAAGCACUUCGGCUUCGGUCCCCACUCCCACAAGAAGCCCUACGUCGAGAGCAAGGGCCGCAAGUUCGAGCGCGCUCGUGGACGCAGAAGGUCCCGUGGUUUCAAGGUCUAAGCGAUUGCUUGAGGUGGAGCGAUUUCUUUGGGUUGUCGGCGUGGUCAUGGUCAUGGGAAUUAACUUACGAGGCGUGCUUCAUGACUGACAUGUGCUCUUGACGGGCGCACAAAAAGAUACUCAAUGUCCAUUUAGGCAAUGGAAACAUACCAAUGAGCUCUUCCGAGCUCAUGAGGUCAACUCAUG